AUGGAUUCUGGUACAGUGAUUCACCGUAGCCAACUGAAAAUGGACAUCAAUGGCACGCUCUGUUUGGAAAAUGGUAUACCUACAAUCACUAGCUGGCCUUAUCGCUUAGCCAUACUGAUUCACAUCUUCUUAACUUUCUCAUCACUUGUAUUUAUGAUGGUUGCAUUCUUUUAUCUCAGGAAACGUCUUUAUUUUCACAAAAACAUAACGAUUUUGAUUGUCUUCAUGUUCGUGUCCGCUUCGGUGCUCUCCUUACAAAUGCUUGUCAUGGAGUGUCGACACAUCUUCAUCUCUUGGUUUUAUAAACAUCCUUGCGAUGUAUACGUACCUGCCGAAGAUUGUUUCCCCUACCUACUAUUGAAUUCGGUCGCUAUAGGCUGUAUGACGGGUGCUCAGGUAUGCAUGGUGAUAGAAAGAAUGAUAGCUACCUAUCUUAUGAAGAAGUAUCAGAAGUUUGGAGGAGAAUUAGGUACAAUACUCGUCGUUUGCACGACAAUGAUCUUCGUAUGGCUAACAUACGAAACCUUCUGGCCCGGCCCAAGUGAAGAUUACUACUUGACGUGUAUUUCUAUCCCGAAGGAAUCUGCUGUCAAAGCGAAUAGAAAUUUCAUAAUUCUCAUAUCUUUGAAUCUUAUGUGCAUUAUUAGUCUGAUUCUUCUUAAUGCUAUUAAUAGACCCUACCGGAAGAGAUUACGAUUCAACUUGGCUGAUCGAUACCAAGUUGAGGAAAAUCUAAAUACGACGCAGUAUAUCUGUACAAUAGUCAUAGUCCAGUUUGUUAUCUUGACUUUUUACGGUACAGGAACAUUACUACUACGCACGUUCAAAGCUAAAUUUGAGCCAAUUUUCCAUCGUCAACUAAUCAUGUUUGUAUAUGUCGUACCCUUCUUCACCUGUAUACUGCCUAUUCUUAUGAUAUACAUAGUCAAACAAGGCGUCGAGAGAAGAAACAGGAACAUUAACAAGAUGGUAUCUCAUGCGGCUACGGGAACGCAUGGUCGAGAUAAUUACUUCCAUGAAUUGCUGAAACAAUGGUCAUAA